AUGGACACUGAUGAACCAGAGUCGACUAUGCAGCAGGGCAGUUCUGUGCGUUUGCAAGAUGUCCAGUGGAGCCACAGCGGAAGCAUGUCCGAGCUGAAGACGCAGUAUGAGGUUUUGAUGAGGCCAAGCACACGCCUUGCAUCAGCUGGUGUUGAUCUAGUCGACGUCAUAAACGUAAUUGACACAUUUGACAGACCAGCAGAUGCCAGUGCAGAAGGCCCCUAUGCUGGAACUGGAACAUAUGCAGUAGCUUUUGAAGACGAACCAGGGAAGAGAAUCCCCAAGGCUGGAGCUUUUGCAGAAGCAGGAGUUGGACGAGCUCAUGCUGAAUUCAGUAUAUUUCAGGCAGAAGCCAAAGGGCCCAACGCCUCAGCUGGUGCUGAAGCCAAUGUGGUUGGAGCCGGAGCAAUGGCUCGAGCUGAAGUCGGCAGUGCAUCAGCCAAAGUCGGUCCAGUUGGUGUCAAAGUGGGACUAGGAGUUGACACGGGUGCAUCUGUUGGUGCUGAUGGGUUGGAGGUCAAAGUCCUGGGAACUGGAUUCAAAUUUGGUCCAGAACCCAGUUUAUCUUUUCUGGGUUCAGAAGUGUCAUGUUGCGUCAUGUAA